AUGGAAAGUAUCCGGACGGAGAAGUCUGUGGAUGAGGGGGGCGAGGACUGUAAGAAUUCAAAAGGGUUUACCCCGAUUACUGCACGUACAAGGAGUAAGGCAGGAAUAAGUAACCAGUCGGGACCGGUGAUGCAAGCCCCUCUGCGACAAGCUGUGGGGACUAAUGGACCGGUUAGAAUUAAAAUUCCUUUUACCACUAGUGAAUUAGAUUCGUGGAAGGAAGCUGUAAAAGGUUAUAGGGAUGACCCGGAGGAGGUGGCUAACAGGUUCGAAUUAAUUAUGAAAAAUUUAGAUCCGGAUUGGAAAGACAUAGAAAUAAUGUUAGCAGCUCUGCCGGAAACAGAGAAGCAAUUGGUAAUAAAAACAGCCCGGACGCAUGUGCAAGUGCAAAUAGCUUCAGGGGUUCUGCCCGGAACUGUGGAAGUACAUGUCCCGAGAGCAGACCCCGAUUGGGACUAUAAUGAUGGUAACGAUUAUAGAUUACUAAAAAGGUAUCAGGAAUGGAUAAGAAUUGCCCUGGAAAAUGCUAUUCCCAAAUCUGUAAAUUGGUCCAGGUUGUACACUAUAAAACAAGGACCGUCUGAAACCCCCACAGAAUUUUUGGAACGUUUAAGAACAGCUAUGCAAAAAUUUACAACGAUAGAUCCGUCCUCAGAAGGGGGUAAAUUACAAUUGAUUUCAUUGUUUCUGGGACAAUCAACAGAAGACAUAAGGAAAAAACUCCAAAAAUUACAAGGGGCAGACAUGAGAGACUUAGAAAAACUGGUAGAGGAAGCAUGGAGAGUGUUUAGAAACCGGGAAGGGGAGGAAAGACAGAAACUGGGACAGACUAUUGCAGCAGCAACAGUAGCUGCAUUAAAUAAUCAGGGACCAACUUUUCGAGUUAAAAAUAGGGGAGAUGGGAAACGAAUAAGGACCCAGCAACCACCUCUAAGAUCAGAUCAGUGUGCCUAUUGUAAAGAGGUAGGCCAUUGGAAAGGGGAGUGUCCAAAGCGAGGGGGAGCUCGAAACAUGAUAGCAAAUGUUUCAUCGGAUCAAUGAAGUCGACCAGGAGAAUCUACCCUAGCAGAUCCUCUGGUUAAAAUAGAGCUAGGGAACUCGGGACAAGAAAUGGAAUUUUUAAUAGACACAGGUGCUUCCUAUUCGGUGUUAAAUCAAAAGCUAAUGCCAGAAGAUAAAGACUUUGUGACUGUAGUGGGGGCUACGGGCCAACAACAAAAAGCCUUUUUCCUAAAACCGCUAAAGUAUAAAUUAGGGAAACAGGUGGGAAUACAUAAGUUCUUGUACUUACCGGGGUCACCAAAAUCACUAUUGGGUCGGGAUUUAUUAGAACAAUUAGAAGCAGAAAUAGUUUUUGAGAAAGGAAAAAUGAGGCUAAGAAUAAGGGAAGAACAGUUAAUAAAUGUACUAAGCUUAGCAUUGAUACAAACUAAUCUUAGAAGUGAAGUGCCUCCGGAAAUUGCAGAUCAAGUGUACCCAGGAGUUUGGGCUACCGAAAUUCCUGGAAAAGCCAAGAAUGUGACUCCAAUAACUGUAAGGUUGAAAUUAGGGAAAGAGCCUGUGAAGGUUAAACAAUAUCCUCUAAGGAUAGAGGAUAGGAGGGGAAUUAAAGAAAUAAUUGACAGAUUUUUACAAUAUGGGCUACUAAUUGAGUGUGAAUCAGAAUAUAACACGCCCAUAUUACCAAUCAAAAAGGCAGAUGGAAAGAGUUAUAGGCUAGUUCAGGAUUUAAGGGCCAUAAAUAAAAUCACUGAGGAUAUACAUCCAGUAGUGGCCAAUCCGUACACUCUAUUGACUAAACUAAAAAGCAGUCAAGUUUGGUUUACUGUACUGGAUUUGAAGGACGCCUUUUUCUGUCUGGCCCUAGCCAAGGAAAGUCAGAAGUUAUUUGCCUUUGAAUGGGAAAACCCUGAUUCGGGGAGAAAAACGCAGCUUACCUGGACAGUUUUACCCCAGGGAUUUAAAAAUAGCCCGACUAUCUUUGGGAAUCAAUUAGCUAAGGAGCUUGAGUCCUGGUCGACCCCAGACUCUGAAGGAACCUUAUUACAAUACGUAGACGAUCUCUUAAUAGCUACUGAGACAAGAGAGGGCUGUGUCCAAUGGACGAUAAGCCUGCUUAAUUUUCUGGGACUAAAUGGAUAUCGAGUUUCUCAACAGAAAGCCCAACUGGUUCAGCAACGAGUGAUUUAUCUGGGAUUCGAGGUCUCGGGAGGACAACGAGAGCUGGGAACAGAACGUAAAGAAACCAUUUGUCGGACACCGGAACCGCGAACGGUAAAGGAACUGCGGACUUUUCUGGGAAUGACAGGUUGGUGUCGUCUUUGGAUCUAUAAUUAUGGACUGAUAGUGAAGCCUCUGUAUGAGAUGGUUAAGAAGGAUCAAUCCAAAUUGGUUUGGACUGGAGAAGCACAGAAGGCUUUUAGGCAGUUAAAGCAGGAAUUAAUGAAAGCUCCAGCCUUGGGGUUACCGGAUCUUUCGAAACCUUUUUUCCUGUUUUCCUAUGAAAGACAAGGGAUAGCCUUAGGAGUACUAGCACAGAAAUUGGGUCCCUAUAAGCGGGCAGUAGCUUACUUCUCCAAACAAUUAGAUGAAGUAAGCAAAGGAUGGCCUGGAUGUCUACGGGCUGUUGCUGCAGUAGUUAUUAACAUACAGGAGGCCCGAAAGUUUACGAUGGGACAGAAGAUGACAGUGCUAGUCUCCCAUACAGUCUCAGCAGUUUUGGAACAGAAAGGAAACCACUGGCUUUCACCGCAGAGAUUCUUAAAGUACCAGGCAAUAUUAGUGGAACAAGAUGACGUGGAGAUUGUUGUCACUAAUGUUGUGAAUCCAGCUUCUUUUCUCAGCGGAACUCUGGAUGAACCGGUGGUCCAUGACUGUAUAGAGACAAUGGAAACUGUGUAUUCGAGCCGACCAGAUCUUAAAGAAGAACCUUUAGAGGAUGCCGACGAAUCUUGGUACACUGAUGGAAGCAGCUUCGUGAAGCAAGGACAACGUAAAGCAGGGUAUGCCGUUACCACCACCAAACAGGUAAUUGAGUCUAAACCGUUGCCCCCUGGGACGUCUGCCCAGAAAGCAGAGAUAAUUGCUCUGACACGAGCAUUAGAGCUAGCGGCGGGAAAGAAGAUAAAUAUUUGGACAGAUUCCAAAUAUGCAUUCGGUGUGGUGCAUGCUCAUGGAGCAAUCUGGAAGGAACGAGGACUGUUAACUGCUCAAGGAAGACAGAUAAAGCAUGCAGAAGAAAUUUUACAAUUAUUAGAAGCUGUGAAGCAACCAGAAAAAGUGGCUAUUAUGCAUUGUCGGGGACACCAGAGAGGGAAUGCUGAAUUUGAAAUAGGAAACCGAUUAGCAGACCAAGAGGCCAAACGAGUGGCUGACUCAGCUGACAUAAAAGCGUUGUCCUUAAUACCAGACAGUAAAAUCCAAACUAUAGAUGUAAGUCAAAAGCCGAGUUAUACGAAGGAAGAUUUAAAAUUAAUUGAGGAUCUGAAAGGUAAAAAAGGGGUAAAUGGAUGGGUAUAUCUGAAAGACAACCGUGUAAUAAUACCCUCCAACCUAAUUUGGUCUAUAGUUUUUACAGAACACAAUAGGACGCACUGGGGUGCUGAUACUCUAUAUCAGAGUUUGAGUCGGAUAAUGGUAGGGCGAAAUUUGUAUACUACCGUAAAACAGGUAACUCAACAAUGCAGCGUUUGUCUACACAAUAACCCCAAUACUCAAAAUAAAGUGAGGUUUGGGAUAAUUGGUAAAGGAAACUAUCCCGGAGAACAAUGGCAAAUUGAUUUCUCAGAACUUCCUAGAAAAGGGGGGUAUCGGUAUUUAUUAGUAUUAACUGAUACCUUCUCAGGAUGGCCCGAGGCCUUUCCCUGUCGAACGAAUAAAGCAAGAGAGGUGGUUAAGGUUCUGACAAACGAGAUAAUCCCGCGUUUUGGGAUCCCAGCCGCAAUGUCUUCUGACAGGGGUUCUCAUUUCUGUGCACAAAUAGUACGGCAAAUAAGCAGAAUUCUCAGGAUAGACUGGCAAUUACAUACUCCUUAUAGGCCACAGGCAAGUGGACAGGUAGAAAAAAUGAAUCAUUUAAUUAAACAACAAAUAGCUAAAAUAGGACAAGAAGCUAAUCUGACAUGGCCACAAUCUCUCCCGUUAGCAUUAUUAAGAAUCAGAGUUAAACCAAGAGUGAGAGAAAAUUUAAGCCCCUUUGAGAUUUUGUAUGGAAGGCCUUAUCAAUUUUUGUUUAGCGGAGAAAACUUAACACAGCUAGGAUCAGAAUACUUAUAUAAUUAUGUAUCUGAACUACAGAAACAACUGAGUAAGGUACAAAAGCACGUUCUAGGAACCAGGGCCAGAGGAUUAGAUCAACCAGUUCAUUCUUUCAAACCAGGUGACUAUGUAUAUAUAAAGACUUUUUCAGGGCAACCUUUGGAGGAAAAAUGGAGUGGACCGCAUCAAGUACUGUUGACAACUCAUACUGCUAUCAAGAUUAAGGAACAAGUCGCUUGGAUCCACUACUCGAGAGUAAAAAAAGCUCCAGGUUCACGAUGGGAAGCUACGCAAAUGGAACCCCUAAAGUUACGGUUGUGUCGAAAGGAUGGACAAUAAUUACCU